AUGUCUCCUCAAGACAAUUCUCCCGAGGGGAACAAGCCUGAGGGCUUGUCCAAGUACCUCAAGCGCAUGAAAACUGUUCUGCGCACUCGCUCUAGUUCUAAGCGACAAUCUGCGACCCCACUCGAAACAACCAAGACUACUACCCCUACGCCUGCAACAAAUCCAACUGCAGAGCCAGCCAAGCUUACAAGCGACUACAGCGCCGCCCAGCGCGACAAGGCCAGCGUCCUGUUCGCUAAAUACGGCCUAACCCUAGAACCAGGCGAAUGGAAGUCCCCAACAGACCUCCCGCUAGCCCGCGUCACCAAGCCCGUUCGCAUGCGAGUGCGCCGAACCUGCCACCGCUGCGACACGACCUUUGGCCCAAAUAAGAUCUGCAUAAACUGCCAACACCCACGCUGCAAGAAAUGUCCCCGCUUCCCAACAGAGCGGACCAAGGAUCCAGCUGAGCCCAAGGUUCCCAAGGCCAAGAUCUCCGAGCUCCUUGCCCGUGGAAAUGGAGGGCACACGUCGCAUCUGCGCCUGUCCAAGGACGACCCUGCCGCUCCGCUUAAGCUGUCCAGUCGGACUGGGGGGCCGGACUUUAUCCGUAAGGAGGUUCGGCAUCGCACUCGACGCUCUUGUCAUGCUUGCGGCGUUGGGUUUGCCUCUGGCGAGAAGCAGUGCUUUUCUUGCAACCAUGUUCGUUGUAAGAAGUGUCCUAGGGAACCGGCAAAGUUGGAGAAAUACCCUGAUGGGUAUCCUGGUGACUUCGAUCCGCCGAAACCGGUCAAGGCAGAUCGUGUUUACAAGAAGGCUAGAUGCCGGGUGCAUUAUAUUUGCCAUGUUUGUUCGAGUCACUUCAAUGAUGAUGCGAAGAGUUGUGGCAAGUGUGGACAGGCGAAGUGUGCUGAGACUAUAAGAAUUCCACCGAAAAAGAUCAAGCGAGAGCCUGACCCGGAAGUUCUCAGACAGGUUGAGGAGAAACUAGCAGCCUUGGUUAUCGGGGAGUGA